UCAGAUUAGCCGAUUAGCCGAUUAGCCAUCCGACCGGACGUUUAGCUAGCAGCCGAACCGACAGCGGGUGUUUAACGAACCAGGAAGAGUGAUAACCUGCGGCCAUGGCAUCUGUUCUAGAUGCUCUCUGGGAAGACAGAGACGUGAGGUUCGACAUAACAGCGCAGCAGAUGAAGACUCGUCCCGGAGAGGCGCUCAUAGACUGCCUGGACUCCAUAGAGGACACCAAGGGAAACAACGGAGAUCGAGGACGACUGCUGGUCACCAACCUGAGGAUCAUCUGGCACUCUGUGGCCCUGCCCAGGGUCAAUCUGUCUGUGGGUUACAACUCCAUCAUUAAUAUCACCACAAGGACAGCUAACUCAAAACUGAGAGGCCAAACAGAAGCCCUCUACAUUCUGACAAAGUCCAACAACACACGAUUUGAGUUCAUUUUCACAAAUGUGGUUCCAGGAAGUCCACGCCUCUUUACUUCAGUCAUAGCUGUGCACAGAGCCUAUGAGACCUCCAAAAUGUACAGGGACCUGAAACUGCGAGCUGCUCUCAUUCAAAAUAAGCAGCUGAGACUUUUGCCCCGGGAGCAAGUGUACGAUAAAAUUAAUGGAGUUUGGAAUUUAUCCAGUGAUCAGGGUAAUCUUGGGACUUUCUUCAUCACAAAUGUACGGAUUGUUUGGCAUGCCAAUAUGAAUGAGAGCUUCAAUGUCAGCAUUCCUUACCUCCAGAUCUGGUCUAUCAGAAUAAGAGACUCAAAGUUUGGCUUGGCGUUGGUGAUAGAGAGUUCGCGUCAGAGUGGUGGCUACGUGCUCGGAUUUAAGAUUGACCCUGUGGAUAAGCUUCAAGACGCACUUAAGGAAAUCAACUCAUUGCAUAAAGUGUACUCUGCCAACCCUAUCUUUGGAGUGGACUAUGAAAUGGAAGAAAAGCCCCAGCCGCUGGAAGAACUCACCGUUGAACAGCCUCCUGAUGAUGUGGAAAUCGAGCCUGAUGAGCAGACCGAUGCUUUCACUGCCUACUUUGCUGACAGCAACAAGCAACAAGACCGUGAGCCAGUUUUCUCUGAGGAUUUGGGCCUCGCCAUUGAAAAGCUAAAAGAUGGCUUCACACUUAAUGGACUGUGGGAAGUCAUGGGCUGAAAUAAUGUAUGUGUACGUACUGUAAUUUUUCUGGAAAUGUUUUUAUUUGUAGCUAUGGUCAAAAUUUGUAUAUAUGUAUCAAUUCAAAAUAAGAAAAUACUAUAUUACAAGUUUUGUAGUUUUGUAUAUUUAAUUCUAUUGGGUAGAAUGUGAAAUUGAAUGCAGUUUGUUUUGUUUGAAGUUAAUAAAUACAUCUAUUUAAACAAUUUCAAUAUUUAGGGUUUAUAAAUCAUCUAUUUAUUCAAUACAGACAUACAGCACACAUUACACAUCACACACAAACAAAGUUGAAAAGACAAAAAUAAAUGUAUAGGAUCCAUUUGAUAAUAUAUAUGAAAAUAAUUAGAUUUACAAUCCCAAUACAUCUGAAAUAUACAUAUGACUGGUAAAGCUCAUUCAAAGUCCCAUGUGGUCCCACUCUUAAUCAAACUUUCUCCAAUUUCAUGUUAUGUUGUGCUUUUUUAUUUUGAUUUGUGGCAAUUGUCUCCAAAAGAAAUUGACUACGCAAUGUUUUGUAUUUAAAUCUUAAUUGUAUUUAUUAUCUGGGGAUAGUUUUCAUAGUUGUUUAAAGUAAAUGUCGAAUGGCCUUCGCCCACUUUGGAUACAUAUAUGUAUACCAUAUAUGGACAAAAUUAAAACAUGUGCAACUGGUCUUUCUCUUCCUUAUUACAGUAUCUUCAUAAUAUUGGUCAUCGUACAAUAUUUAGGUUUUUACUGUAUCAGACAUAAUUCAUUUGUAUGGGCAAGGAACACAAUGAUCUCCACAAGACACCAAAGUAUUUUAGAAAUGUUUAACAAGGACAAAGUGUCACCUCCUGCAGCAGCUGUUCACCGUCCCUGUCGACUUGUAAGGUAAAUCCCUUGUGGAUGUACUCGCACACAAAUACUGAAUCACACACUUUGGGGAAAUGGUCAUCGCUGUGAGUGGAUUGUGACUCUAUCCACAUGUAGAAAGGCCCUAGAAUACAAACAAUUGUAGUAAAUGCCAGCUGUAUUUGUUCUUAUGUACAGUAGAGCAAAUGGUCCUGUCACUGUGUCAAGUGUUUUGUGUUUUUAUUACAUACUUAGCAGAAAUUCUCAUAAGAAUAAAUAAAAUGAAAAGAUCAGAGGUUA